AUGAAGUUCAUUGUAUUAUUGUUGGCUGUUGUUGUGGCCAGUGUGCAUUCAUGGACAUUGGAUUAUACUGGUGCUAAACAAAUAUCAUCACCACAUUUCGGUCGUGGACGUCAAGGUCAUGCCAUCACAUGUUUGGUUCUUCAUGGCACAGCUGGCGGUGGCACAAUUGAAUGGUUUCAAAAUCCAACAAGUAAAGUUUCUGCACAUUAUGUUGUUGGACAAGAUGGAUCAGUUACGCAAAUGGUUAGCGAAGACGAUACAGCAUGGCAUAAUGAAAACAGUAAAAGUAAUAAGUUCGAGCGUUUUCAUAAUGGACCUUCAGCUUCGAACACAUUAAGAUUACAACAUUCAAAGUCAAUUAUUCUAGGUGUGGUAACAACAAACUCACAAUUUUAUGGUCGCGCAAAUCCCAAUCUGUGGUGUAUUGGUAUUGAAUUCAGUCGUAAUGUUCAAAAUAAUAAUGUAAUGCCUGAAGCACAAAUUCAAGCGGGUAUUAAAUUAGUUGCUAAUAUAAAACGUCGUUAUCCAGGCAUCAAUAUUUAUACACAUGACCAAUUUAACGUUGGACGCACAUGUCCAGGCCCGAAUUUUCCACUUGCUCGAUUCAAAAGUGCUUAG